AUGGAAACUUCAUUAGAAUCCGUUGAUUAUAUGGACGAUGAAUUCUUGGCAACCACAUUCAAGCCAAGGACUUGGGUAGUCCAAAGAAUUGAGUCAAUGAUUGAAAAAAUCAUUUCGGAGUUGGCAAUUGGGAAUGUUCCAGUUAUUCACUCGGUAUCUAAUGCCAAUAGAGGAAAAACAAGUCAUUCUGGAUAUGACGUACGUAACGGCACCAUCCGCCGAAAAAACAAGAACCUCGAUGUUAGGCAAAUUUCAUUCUUGAGUUCCAAAGGUCCACGUGGAUUUGCUGUGUUCAUAAGAAUCCUUGAUAUCUGUCAUGAACUUCUUGUUCAAAACAUCACGGCUACCAAACGUGACGUAUUUUACAAGGACGUACAGCUAUUCGGGAAUCAGCACACCGUAGAUGUGGCGAUCGACGAAUUAGCUUGCUUGUUUCGCGUUCCAAGAACUUGCUUGAAUGUGACUGCAUCAGCUAAAGGAUUGGUUGCCGGUGAUCUGAAGAUCUAUCAAAAAAAUAAAACAUUAUUGGAAUGUUCAUCAGCC